UCAGACGGCUCCGGACCCGACCUCGAGCCCAGGCCGCUCUGCGGGCGCCUCGGACCCCCGCGGGACCCCCGCCCAGCCCGCCGCCAGCGCGCCCCGUCGGCAGCUCUCCACCUGUGCCUCUCUCUCGGUUAGCCCAGUGGGCAACGCGCAGCCACCAUGUUCAGCUGGCUGAAGCGGGGUGGGGCCCGGGGCCAACAGCCUGAGGCCAUCCGCACGGUGACUUCGGCCCUCAAGGAGCUGUACCGCACGAAGCUGCUGCCCCUUGAGGAGCACUACCGCUUUGGGGCCUUCCACUCGCCAGCCCUGGAGGAUGCUGACUUUGAUGGCAAGCCAAUGGUGCUGGUGGCCGGCCAGUACAGCACAGGCAAGACCAGCUUCAUCCAGUACCUGCUGGAGCAGGAGGUGCCUGGCUCCCGUGUGGGGCCUGAGCCCACCACCGACUGCUUCGUGGCCGUCAUGCAUGGUGAUACUGAGGGCACUGUGCCUGGCAAUGCCCUCGUCGUCGACCCAGACAAGCCUUUCCGCAAACUCAACCCCUUCGGGAACACCUUCCUCAACAGGUUCAUGUGUGCCCAGCUCCCCAAUCAGGUCCUGGAGAGCAUUAGUAUCAUUGACACCCCAGGUAUCCUGUCGGGGGCCAAACAGAGAGUGAGCCGUGGCUACGACUUCCCGGCCGUGCUGCGCUGGUUCGCCGAGCGCGUGGAUCUCAUCAUCCUGCUGUUCGACGCGCACAAGCUGGAGAUCUCUGAUGAGUUCUCGGAGGCCAUCGGCGCCCUGCGGGGCCACGAGGACAAGAUCCGCGUGGUGCUCAACAAGGCCGACAUGGUGGAGACGCAGCAGCUGAUGCGAGUCUACGGCGCGCUGAUGUGGGCGCUGGGCAAGGUGGUGGGCACGCCCGAGGUCCUGCGCGUCUACAUCGGCUCCUUCUGGUCCCAGCCCCUCCUCGUGCCCGACAACCGCCGCCUCUUCGAGCUGGAGGAGCAGGACCUCUUCCGCGACAUCCAGGGCCUGCCUCGCCAUGCUGCCCUGCGCAAGCUCAAUGACCUGGUGAAGCGGGCCCGGCUGGUGAGGGUUCAUGCAUACAUCAUCAGCUACCUGAAGAAGGAGAUGCCCUCUGUGUUUGGGAAGGAGAACAAGAAGAAGCAACUGAUCCUCAAGCUGCCCGUCAUCUUUGCUAAGAUUCAGCUGGAGCAUCACAUAUCUCCAGGGGACUUUCCUGAUUGCCAGAAGAUGCAGGAGCUACUGAUGGCACACGACUUCACCAAGUUCCAUUCAUUGAAACCAAAGCUGCUGGAAGCCCUGGAUGAGAUGCUGACACAUGACAUUGCCAAGCUCAUGCCUCUGCUGCGGCAGGAGGAACUGGAGAGUACCGAGGUGGGCGUCCAGGGUGGUGCUUUUGAGGGCACCCAUAUGGGCCCAUUUGUGGAGCGGGGGCCCGAUGAGGCCCUGGAAGAUGGCGAGGAGGGCUCAGAUGAUGAGGCUGAAUGGGUGGUAACCAAGGACAAGUCCAAAUACGACGAGAUCUUCUACAACCUGGCACCUGCCGAUGGCAAGCUGAGUGGCUCCAAGGCCAAGACCUGGAUGGUAGGUACCAAGCUCCCCAACUCAGUGCUGGGGCGCAUCUGGAAGCUGAGCGAUGUGGACCGCGAUGGCAUGCUUGAUGAUGAGGAGUUCGCCCUGGCCAGCCACCUCAUUGAGGCCAAGCUCGAGGGCCAUGGGCUGCCAGCCAACUUGCCCCGUCGCCUUGUGCCACCCUCCAAGCGGCGCCACAAGGGCUCUGCCGAGUAAGCCAGCCACUGUGCACUGGCCCUCCCUCCCACUUGUCCUGCUGUGGCUCCCCAGCUCCAGUCAGCUGCACGCAUACCCCUGCCCCAGCCCACAUGUGCCCUGCCUGCCCGCCCUGCCCAGUUGUAGAGACUGGGGGUGUCCUUCUCCCCCAACCAUCAGAAACCCCAGUUAGAGCAUUUAGUGGGGACCAUGGGAGGGUCAAGGCUUCUCUGUCCUCCUUUCACACCUGUACGUUCACAAACAUUUAGGCACAUCACACCGGCAUUAACACACACACUGGCAUCCAUCCAUUCAUCAUUCAUUUGGAUAUUUAUUGAGCACCUACUGUGUGUCUGGCCCUGUUCUAGGUGCUGGGGAUUACAGCAGACUACAAAUAUGUCUGUCCUCACAGAGUUGACAGUCUCAGGAGCUGGCACCCACACAGUCAAAUGCAUACUGAUUCUAGGCAGGACCCUUGCCCCUCCCCAUAAGUCACUGGACACUUGCUUGAAAUGACUAAUAGACAAACCCCUUUUUCUUUUUUUUUUGGGGGGGGGUGUGCUGGCCAAUAUGGGAAUCUGAACCCUUGACCAUGGUGUUAUCAGCACCACGCUCUAACCAAGUGAGCCAACCGGCCAGCCUUAGACAAACCCCCUUUUGCCCCACUUCUUUCUGCACAUCCAGGCAAGGACCCCCCACCCCAUCAUUUCCUCAGGUUUCAGGACCACUGGGGGCUCAGAGGGGAGACACAACCUCCUAUUUCCUCAGAUGGACCACUCUUCGGGCCUUUCCUCUCCUCUGGGAAAACCCCCUAAUUCUGGUCACACCCAUUUCUUUAAUAAGGAUCCUGUAGCAGGCAGAAAAGCCCCUUCUUCCAUUCUUUUUUUUUUGGGUGGUUGGUGGGUAAGGGGAUCUGAACCCUUGACUUCGUGUUAUCAACACCAUUCUAACCAAGUGAGCUAACCCACCAGCCCUCCCUUAUUCCGUUCUUGCGCCUCCUAGACUGUACCCAGUUGGAAGUAUUUCCGUCCUCUUCCCACCUGCCCUGGACUGAAAUGCCCAGCUUGCCCCUGGCACACGCCCCCUUCCCACAGCCUCCCCACAGCUGGUGGUCCAAAUUUUAGGACUGCUAGGGCACAGCCUCUCAUCAAUCCAUAUAUAAGUGGAGCCUUUCCCAGAUAUAAAGGCCCCAGAGCUUAAUUUUAGUCCCCUUUUCAGGGAAGUCGGGGGGGGGAGGGGGU